AUGUUCAGGAAUACGAAUGUUGCUGCUACUAUGCGAGAAUGUUCCGAUGUUUUUGGAAAAAUUUUGAAUUCACCCCAACAUCCUAGCGUCAAAAGCUGGUGCGCUGAGAUUCUGAACAUCGUUGCAUCUCAGAUUGUAAGUUUUAUGGCUUCUACAGACUUUUUUCUCGCUCAAGAAGAGCGAACCACUGCGGAAUGCCAUGAGCAAUUGAACGACGAAUACCUU